GGCAGUAGUCCCUAUUCCGACUGCUGCGGCAACGUGUGCAUAGGCAAGAUACACGCGACGAUCAUUAUACGGCGCGCGAAUCGAAAGGUGAGCCGGAAAAAGUGCAGCGACUCGCGUGGCGACUGGAGCUGGCGCAGCGUAAAAAGCCACUUUGGAGGGACAAAACGCGGCUAAGACGAGGCCAGAUAGCGAUGGGUUUGUUUAUACCUUGUGACGAUCGUCUGGAGUUAUAACGAGCAGAGGCACGACAAUUUUAUUUGUUUAUUAUUUGAAAUACGCUCAGGACUAUUAUUGGCAGAUCCCUACUUUGAAUCUUGCGCUCGGAGGAACAACUAGCGCCAUCUGUGCAAGCUAGCAGAAGACAGUGUGAUUAUAUCUAAGAUCGGAAACAAACCUUUCUGCUACUCCAGACACCGCCGACACCGGAGAACGUGCGGAAAGUGUUGUUAUGUAGAACGCGACAUAAGUAAUUUCAAGGGAUUUCGGAAGAGCAAUCAUCUCUCGAAAUGGCAACGCUUCAGAACUUUGCGGCAAAGUGCUUCGGAAGUACUAGUCAAGCACUGCUAAAACCAGCUGAAAGCUUAGCAGUGAGUUGUCGCUUUGCUUCGAAGAAGUCUGGCUCGACUACCCAAAACGUUGGAAAUUCAAAACCAAAACACAGAGGAUGGAAGAGGCAGGAUGGUGCGACUGUUACCGCAGGAACCAUCCUAGCCACGCAGAACACCACCAGAUUUCAUCCUGGAUUGAAUGUCGGAUUUGGAAGAAAUGGAACCUUAUUUGCCAUGCAUUCUGGCAAAGUUGUGGUGACUUGUGAGAAAGUUGAUCUGAACUGGGAACACACGUGGAUUCAGCGAAAUUACGCCGAUAGACAAGGACAACCCAUUUACAAGAAACACUUCAACAUUAUUCCAGAGCCUGAGCAUAAGCGAUUCAAGUUGAUCGAUAAAAUUUAGAGCCAAUGUCUUUCUUACAAACUUAAUUUUAUUCAUGAUAUUAAAAAUUUUAGUCUUUCUAAAAAUAUUGUUAUAACUCUCCCAUAGAUGAUUCUGCCCAUCUAGUAGAAAAAUAUUCAAUCUCCUCACCAUCUUUGGAUAAUGUAGCGUAAACUAAAGUCUUUCGAACGUGACUUCCGAUACGACACUCUGAAAUAAGUUCCAGUACAGGCAGCUCUUCGUUUCGAUUUUUACAUUGAAUCAUGAGUUGCGAAUGGAACAUGAUUGGGUCACCUAGAAAUUAAAAAAAUUAGUCAACUGUUAA